CUAGUCCAUCGUACCUCAUCUCAGUGCCUAUGGUGCUGCGUCAUGGCAUCCCAACUUCUCUCUCCAUCACCGUUCUGAGAGACUCACCUGUUCGUGUUGUGUCUGAGAUUUUCAACAUAAACACCAGUAUAUCCAAGACAGAGAGCAUCAUUCCUGGAGGGUCCACCGGGUUGCAAGAGUUGCCUGCUGUCCCUGAGAGUGAUAUGAGCUAUUGGCAUCCCUAUGAACUGAUUAUCAAAGGCUAUGAUGGAGGCAGUGUGGUAUUCACCAACUCCACCUAUCUGAGAUUCAGCCCCAGAAGCUCGUCCACCUUCAUUCAGACGGACAAGGCCAACUACAAGCCCGGGCAGGUGGUGAAAAUCCGGGCUGUGUCCAUACAUCAAGAUGGCCGACCUUUUGAGAGCCAAGUAGACAUGGUCAUAAAGGACCCGAGAGGGAACAUGAUACGACAGUGGCUAUCUGUGGACAGCGUCUUGGGUAUCAUAUCCAAAGAGUUUCAGCUCUCCCAGAACCCACCCCUUGGCAUGUGGACAAUCGUGACAACAGUCAAUGAAGCCACAAAGGAGAAAUACUUUCAUGUAAAUCACUACGUUCUACCUAAUUUUGAGAUAAAGGUAGAAGUUCCAGAGGUUGUGCUGCAACACGAACCAUUCAGUGGAACAGUACAUGCUCAAUAUAUGUAUGGAAAACCAGUGUAUGGGUACCUGAACAUAACAUACACUCAUUUCUUCCAUGGCAUUGACGUGGACUAUCACGAGGGAAAAGAGAUUGAUGGCACAGCCGAGUUCACAUUCUACAUGCCGGACUACACAGAGUCUAAACGCGCAGCAGACUACAUGUAUCAGUACUAUGAGGGCUACGGGGAAGACGAGUAUAUUAACAUCACGGUGUCUGUCACUGACUACACCACAGGGCUGACAUACCAUAGGACCGUACCUGUUACUUUGGUGAAAUGCCGGUACAAACUUGCAUUUCAUGGAUACCCCAGCAUUAUCAAGCCGUCAUUGAACUUCUCAGCUCAGGUGAAAGUGUCUACCUAUGACCACAGCCCUCUCAGUAUGGAGGACCACGGGAAGAUGUUGCGACUGUCAAUCUCUCAGCAGAAGAGGAGCCCUUGGAGCUGGAGACAGGACGAUAUGGACAUCCUGGUUCCGCGGAUGCGUAACAUGUCCAUGGACUACCCGAGUCCAUCCGAGGAGAUUCCCGUCAUAGAGAUGAGCAUUCCAGUCCCAGCUGAUGGGAUUGUGCCCUUCCACAUCCGGCUCUCUGACGAGGUGGCCACACUCAACAUUGAGGCUUGGUUUGAGGAUGCCCACAAGGGACUUCAGCUGUAUAACACCUACUCGUCACCAAGUCAGUCCUACAUCCAACUUCACAGAGAUGGUGACCCACAGAUAGGAAAUCCCUUACAGCUGACUGUCCUGGGCAGUUUUCCAUUAAACGAGUUUCAUUACCUGGUGAUGGGCCGCGGCCAGCUGCUGUCAGCAGGAACGGAGAGCUCCAGUUCUUUCUCUCUGACCCCAGACGAGUCCUGGGCCCCCGAGGCCUGUGUGCUGGUGUAUUGUAUCAGGCCUGAUGGAGAAAUCAUCAACGAUGUGCUACGUGUUCCCGUCCACCAAGUCCUGAGAAACACGGUGUCUCUGUCGUGGAGCCGAGACAAAGUGGAGCCCGGUGAAGAGGUGAGGCUGGACGUGUCCGUGGCCGAGCCGGGGUCAGUGGUGGGCAUCCUGGUCGUGGACAAGGCCUCGCAUCACCCUGACGAUGACAAUGACAUCACACGGGACACGGUUCUGGAUGAACUGGCUCACUACAACAUGGGCGGAGGCUCCACGGAUGUGAAGAAAAUGGGAGAUCCAUACUCGGUCUUUACGGGUUCUAAUCUCAUGGUGCUCACUGACGCACACUUAGACAGGAGAACGGACUGGAAGCCGGAGUUCCCAGGGGAGAUAGUAAUGCACAAUGGGGAGAUGGACUAUCCCAUGGAUGACGGUGUAGUGGUGCGGCACAAUUUCCCAGAGACGUGGCUUUGGUUGGACGCUGACCUUGGUGCCUCCACGGAGAGAAGUUUCCCUGUGGCCGUGCCAGAUAGCAUCACAUCCUGGGUGGCCACUGCUUUCGUCAUGUCCGAGACGCUGGGCCUGGGGAUCGUCAGCUCCCCAGCAGAGCUCACAGUGUUCCAGGACUUCUUCCUGGCCCUGAAUCUCCCAGCGUACAUCAUAAGAGGAGAGCUGCUGGUCCUGGAGGUCAACCUCUUCAACUACUUAGAUGAGGAUCUAGAAGUCAUGGUGAUAGUUGCAGAGAGCGAGUCCUUUGAGUUCGUCUUCCCGGACACUGAAGGGAUCUCUAUGGCCUCCACACGCACAGUGUCCGUGUGGAGUCAGAAUGGCACCUCUGUGCUGUUCCCCGUCAGACCCACAGUGCUGGGGGAGAUGCGCAUCCUAGUCAAGGCCGUGUCCUCCUACAACUCAGACGCUGUAUUCAAGACCGUUCUUGUCAAGCCCGAAGGAAUCGAGCAGUCGUUUACACAGACUUUGUUCUUGGAUCUGCCUCCGACACAGUCUAGCGUUUCCAGGGAGAUCUCUUUCACCUUCCCCCCAGAUGUGGUGCUCGGCAGCGAGAGCGCUCGAGUGACCGCGGUCGGUGACAUCCUUGGACCAUCCAUCACAGGCCUGGAGUCUCUCAUUCAGAUGCCUUAUGGCUGCGGUGAACAGAACAUGAUAAACUUCGCUCCAAACAUUUACAUACUGCAGUACUUGGCCAGCACUGGACAGGACGACCCACAAACCAGAGAGCGAGCCAUUUCAUUCAUGAUGCAAGGUUAUGAACGUGAGCUGUCCUAUCAAAGAAUGGAUGGAUCCUUCAGUGCUUUUGGUGACAGUGACCAGUCAGGGAGCACUUGGUUAUCGGCGUUUGUGCUGAGAUGUUUCCUGCAGGCCCGCUCGUUCAUUCCCAUUGAUCCGCGGGUGUUAGACAGGACCGCCAUGUGGCUCACCGCCCAGCAGGCCCCCGGCGGGGAGUUCGUCGAGACGGGCCGCGUGAUCCACACCGAGCUGCAGGGAGGCCUGGACGGCCCCGUGUCCCUCACUGCCUACGCGCUCAUGGCUCUGCUGGAGGAUGACGCCUACAAGAACAUGUACGCGAGCCAGGUGUCCAUGGCGCAGAGUUUUCUCGAGUCCAGGGUGGCCGUUGGAGUGUCUAGCAACUACAGCCUGUGUCUGGUGACGUACGCUCUGUCCCUGACCAACAGUUUGAGCGCGCAGGCGGCCCUGGACGAGCUGAUGGGGAGAGCGGUGGAGAUGGACGGGGUGCCGAUGUGGAGCAGACCGGACGCUGGGCUUGCGGAGUCUUGGCAGCCGCGCUCGUCGGACAUCGAGAUGGCCGCCUACGUGCUGCUCUCUCUGCGCAGGCUGGCCCUGAUGGUGCGGGGCAUCCCGCUCAUGAAGUGGCUCAGCCAGCAGCGGAACCACCUGGGGGGCUACGGCUCCACACAGGACACUAUUAUUGCUCUGCAGGCCCUGGCGGAGUACGCUGUUUUAAGUGGAUCGGAACUCAUCGAUCUCAACAUCGAGGUUCAGACAGAUUCCCUAAACACAGUCGCCAUGUUCAACAUCGACGGGACUAAUUACAGGCUCUACCAGACGCACGAGAUCGAGGCGGAGACAGACAUACGACUGCAGGUCACAGCCGAGGGAAAGGGCUUUGCUCUCUUUCAGAUGACCGUGUUCUACAACGUGGAGAGCAGCGGCAUGUCCCGCAGGCGGCGAGGAGCAGACAUGCACGAGGCCUUCGACUUGUACAUCGAGACCUUCGACAUGGACACCAAAUAUGUCCACCUUCUCAUCUGUGUGAGCCUGCACGAGGGUCUGGGCCUGAACCAGACGGGCAUGGCCAUCCUGGAGGUGGGGCUUCUGAGUGGCUUUGUGCUGGCACAGGACAGCCUUCAGACGGAUGACCUCGUACGGAAAGUAGAGACCCAACCGGGAAAAGCCAUCCUUUACCUGGACUCUAUUUCCACCUCGGAGUCGUGCAUCGACUUCCCCAUAUUGCUUGAGCACAAGGUGGCCAAAGUCCAAGAUGCAGUUGUGGUCGUCUACGAUUACUACGAGCCCCGACGGAAGACCGUGAGGACGUACAACUCGUGGACAAGGACGGACAUGUCCACCUGUGUGUUCUGUGGGGAGGACUGCAGCGAGUGCGGAGAGUCUCAUAAUGACUAUGACGACUACUAUGUGUCGGCCUCCCCCUCUCUGCCCUGUCAGUGUGGCGUUCACCUUUUGUCCAUGGCACUUCUUCUUCUUCUGUCUUGGGCCUGGCAGUGAAGACCAGUCAUAUACAUGCCUAUUUAGGACCUUUCUUUGUUUUUUAAAAAGAACAAAGAGAGAAUCUCUUGUCAUUUCAAACAAGGCCAAAAAUGGCAGCAAGCAUAGCUAGGGAUGUUCAUAGUUUAAUCGAGUGGCUCAUGCCAUCUGGAUACAUUGUUGUACCAUGUGAGUUUUAGUCACUUUUAAUGCACUGUAAGUUUUUUGUAUUAUUCAGUUGUUACCUUACGUAGAAACGUAUAAUGUCUCAUCCUGAAUAUAAGCCA